AUGGCGUGGGGAUGGUUUGGGAGCCCUCGUCAGUGGGCGCUCUGGCUGUUGUUUGCUUCCUACUCCUGUGCCUUCUACAUUCCCGGCUACUCGGUCAAACGCUACAAUGACAAUGAGCAUAUCCCUCUCCAGGUGAACAAGAUCUUUUCCGACCAUACCCAGCUCCAGUAUGCCUACUACAACCUGCCUUUUGUGUGUCCUCCCAGUGGAAGAACACAUGGCGGCUCUCCUUUCGGCUCGGGUCAGAGUGUGUCGUUGAACCUAGGGGAAAUCCUGCGUGGCGACCGUAUCAUGACCUCUGAUUUUGAACUCCGGAUGGGUAAGAAUGUGGAAUGCCAGGCGCUUUGUACUCAGGAAGUCGGGCGCAAAGAUGUCAAAUGGGGCCGUCAGCUCAUAAGAGAGGGAUAUGUGGCCGAAUGGAUCGCAGAUAACUUGCCUGGCGCAACGAGCUUUGUCACCGUCGACCGCAGCCGCAAAUACUAUGCCACCGGCUUUAAAUUGGGCUUCAAGGACUUCUCCUCCAUUGAUGGAAAACAGCGUUACUAUAUCAAUAACCACUUCACCAUUGUAAUUCGCUGGCGCUCCGCAAACGAAGGGGGUAAAGUCAUCGUUGGCUUCGAGAUCUAUCCGAAAAGUAUCCGAGCGGAGGACCAUGAGCAGAAUGGAUGCCCUAAACAGGUUCACGAACAGCACGAAGGCUUAGAGUUGUACAUUCCCCCUAAUACGGCGAGGCUGAAGGAGAUGUACCCCGGAUCGUCCUACAUACCCGAAGACGAUGACGACGCCGACGAUGGAGCCACCCUCAAAAUCCCGUACACAUACUCAGUAUAUUUCAAGGAAGAAAAUAGCGUCGAAUGGCAAAGUCGGUGGGACCUGUAUUUUAACAACCAGGAAGAAGGCUCGAUGACGCAUUGGCUUGCGAUUCUGAACUCUUUGACCAUCUGCGGCGUUCUUGGAGUUGCUGUCUACGUCAUCUGGGGUCGAACAGUGCAGGGAGAUAUCAAGGGCCGCGGAGAUGGAGCGAUGGAUGAGGCCAAACUGAAGGCACGAAAUGCCGCCAAGCUGAAGGGUCUAGAGAUACUGGACCAGGGGUCAGAUGUGGAGCGUGAUGCGGACCUUUCGUCCGAUGAUGGUCUAGAAGAUGUGAGCGGGUGGAAACUCCUUCACGGCGACGUCUUCCGUGUGCCCGAGUACAGCGGCUUACUGGCUCCCCUCGUCGGCUCCGGAACGCAGCUCCUGUUCAUGGCAUCGGGGUUACUUCUCCUCAGCUGUCUCGGCGUGUUGAAUCCCAGCUUCCGCGGCGGUUUUGUCAGUGUUGGCAUGGGGCUGUUUGUCUUCGCUGGUUUGUUCUCUGGAUACUUUUCAGGGAGACUAUACAAGACAUUCGGCGGCGUGAGUUGGAGGAAGAAUACAUUAAUCACGGCUCUCUUCUUCCCUGGAUUGGCGUUUUCCCUCGUAUUCAUCUUAAACCUCUUUGUCUGGGCACAGGCGUCCAGCACAGCGAUUCCAUUUGGCACAUUGAUUGGCCUUCUCGCGCUGUGGUUGCUCAUCCAAGUGCCACUAGUAUAUAUUGGCAGCUGGUUCGGUUAUAUGCGAGCGACCGCGUGGGAACAUCCAACCAAGACCACAUCGAUCCCGCGUCAGAUUCCGCCGCAGCCGUGGUAUCUACAUAGCAUUCAUGGAACCGUCCUGACGGGGUUGGCACCGUUUGCGGUCCUAUUCAUUGAGCUAUUGUUCGUGUUCAAGAACCUGUGGCAGGAUAAGAGUGGUUAUUACUACGUGUUUGGAUUCCUGAGCACUGUAUCAUCCAUUCUGAUCGUCACGGUCAGCGAGGUGACAAUCAUCGCGACCUACAGUCAGCUAUGCGCCGAGAACUACCAUUGGUGGUGGCAGAGUUUCUUGACAGGUGGCAGCAGUGCGUUCUGGGUGUUCGCAUACUGCAUUUGGUAUUACUUCUUCCAUCUACAUAUCACCAGCUUUGUGUCGAGCCUCCUUUUCUUCAGCUACAGUUUUCUUGCAUGCGCCGUCUACGGCUUGUUAACGGGGACGGUUGGAUUCUUGACGGCGUAUGCCUUUGUCCGGCGGAUUUACAGUGCUAUCAAGGUUGAUUGA